CGGAAGGGAAACAAGUAACCAGCGGCGGUGAGUGGCGGGUCUGGCGGGAGGAGGCGGCUGCGUGCUCCGAGGGACCUGGAGUCUCGGUGUCUCAAGAGGAAAGAUCUGUUUUGUGUAGCAAUAAUUGGUUUCCACAGAGCUGUCCCAAUGACAGAGCUAUCUGCACACCUACCUCAGUUCCAGCAUGGGCAGCUGACAGAAAACUUCCCUGACAACCACCUGAGCAAUACUAAUGACAACAGUGAGAGGCGACGCCAUGAUAAUAGUGAGCGAAGGCGCAAUGACAACCCUGAAUCAGAGACUAAUGGGCAGCCACAGAAUAGGGUGCAGCAAGUGGUGGAACAGGACGAAGAAGAUGAGGAGUUGACAUUGAAAUAUGGGGCAAAGCAUGUGAUUAUGCUCUUUGCACCUGUCACACUUUGCAUGGUGGUAGUUGUUGCAACCAUCAAGUCUGUCAGCUUUUAUACACGCAAGGAUGGACAGCUUAUCUACACUCCGUUCACUGAAGACACAGACACUGUGGGACAGAGAGCCCUGAACUCUAUUCUCAAUGCUGCCAUCAUGAUCAGUGUCAUCAUUGUCAUGACCAUACUCCUGGUUGUGCUUUACAAAUACAGGUGCUAUAAGGUGAUCCAUGGCUGGCUUAUAAUUUCUUCUCUAUUGCUGCUUUUCUUUUUCUCAUUCAUCUACUUGGGUGAGGUUUUUAAAACCUAUAACGUUGCCAUGGACUACAUUACCCUCGCGCUCAUGAUCUGGAACUUCGGUGUGGUGGGAAUGAUCUGCAUUCACUGGAAAGGCCCGCUCCGGCUCCAGCAAGCAUAUCUCAUUAUGAUCAGUGCUCUCAUGGCCCUGGUAUUCAUUAAAUACCUUCCUGAAUGGACUGCGUGGCUUAUCCUAGCUGUGAUUUCAGUAUAUGAUCUGGUUGCUGUCCUAUGUCCUAAAGGUCCUCUUCGUAUGUUGGUUGAAACAGCUCAAGAGAGAAAUGAAACACUCUUCCCAGCACUUAUUUACUCCUCAACGAUGAUAUGGCUAGUGAACAUGGCUGAGGAAGACCCGGAAGCCCAACGGAAAGCUUCGAAAAGCUCCACUUAUGAUAAACAAGCCGCAGCGAACCAGAUUCAGAAUGAAGAUGCUGACAUGGAUGACGGAGGUUUCAAUCCAGAAUGGGAGCAACAAAGGAAUAGCAGAAUAGGGCCCCUUGAAUCCACUCCUGAAUCCCGGGCUGCUGUUCAGGCUCUCCCUAGUAACUCCCAAGCCAGCGAGGACCCAGAAGAGAGGGGAGUAAAGCUCGGUUUAGGAGAUUUCAUUUUCUACAGUGUUCUGGUUGGCAAGGCCUCAGCAACAGCAAGUGGAGACUGGAACACAACUUUAGCCUGUUUUGUAGCUAUACUAAUUGGUCUGUGCCUUACUCUACUGCUUCUUGCCAUCUUUAAGAAGGCUUUACCAGCUCUUCCAAUCUCCAUAACCUUUGGGCUCGUUUUCUACUUUGCCACAGAUAACUUGGUGCAGCCCUUUAUGGACCAGCUAGCAUUCCAUCAGUUUUAUAUCUAGCACAGUUGAAGUUGAUAUUCUAUGGACAUUUAUAUUGACUCUAGAAAAUCUGGGAGGAAAAAGGGAUUUUUACUUGGUCCUCACAUGACAGUGAAGUUCAAUGCUCAAGAUUUCUGGCCUGAAUCAUUGCAACUUCCUCCCAUGUUUUCCUGAGCUACUGCACUGGGUACCAUAUGAUUCUUCUGUGUAAAAAGGGUUUUUUCUCAAUGGAUGGACUAACUUGGAUGCCAUUAUGUCAUAAGCAAUCUCUAAAUGAUAACAUGUAAUAAGGACCACCUGUGUAAAAGCUGCUAAUGCUUCUACCAGCAACGUGAGCCCUGGGUAUAGGUUGAUAUUUUCCCAAUGCUGAAGGCACUCAGACUGCCAUGAGGUUAAACAAAGGAAGUUAGCAAAGUUCUGUUUGAUUUGACAGGUAAACCAUUUGAAGAGAGUCAAUCCAAUAUAAACCUUUAAAGCAAUGUUUUUCACCAGUUGAGUCCUGACCCCACUUUGGGUCAUUAGGAAAAGGCCAGGUAUUGCAACAAUGGGACCGAAGGAGAAAGAAUAGUCUCUCCUAAAGAGAGUUCCACCCCUUAAUAGCCUCUGUGCCUAAGUGUGCUUGGUUUUGAUAAGUCUAAAAGCUUAUUUUCACACUGGAACAAGAGCCUGUACUCAAAUUUACUAACACUUUGCAUUCUCAAGCACAGAGCGUGCAUCCUGUACUACCGCUGCCAAUUUCUAAUGUAGCUACCAAGGCUUGGACUGAAUAGUUUGGAACAAGUCAAUCGUGAGGUCCUAACAUAGAUCCUUGUAGAAGGUUGGAGGACUAAUACUCUAAAAUUUUCUUUACUAAAAUUACAUGACAAUUUCUGGAUUUAUUUUUGUCGUCUUGCUAAUCUUUGCUAGAAUAACAUCAGUUCAAACCCUGCCUUUAGAUGGCAAUUUGCCACACAGGACUGCAUUGCUCUGAGUUCCCGUUCUCCCCCACUGGAUUUUUGGGCAUAUGAAAUAGGCAGACAUUUGCAGCAGCAUCUCCAUCCAAAGCAUUCCAGGAUUUUAACCUUCUGUUGUCAGGUGUAGAGAAAUGGAGAGUUAUUUUUAGUAACAUUCUGCAGUUUCCUUCAAACCUUUCUCUCCAAAAACAUAUAGUUGAAAGGAUCUGGAUUACAGCAAAUUAAAAUGAAGGGCAAUGUUUUUCCUAAGUAACAGUCAGUUGACUUCUCUGUUACAUGUUAAUCUUUAGUAUCAGCCGUUCAAGUUUAUUUCAGGCUAACACCUAACGCUGAGUGAUUUUAUUUUAUGUAGUGUAUUGAUAAAUGAAUAUUCAUUAGUCAAGUGAGACAUCACUUAGUGUUGCUUGGGAAUAAAAAGUAUGGCCUUUUUUCCCAGUUAUAGUGAGGCGUGAUGUAAUACGAGAUUGGAGAAACCUGGAGAAGCUUAAGAAGGGAGAAGAAAGUCCCAGAACAGCUGAAAGGAGGCCUAUGGGUUGUUAGCCUUUAUACAAAGUGAAAAAUUGAAACUAAACUUAAUUAACCCCA